UGAACUUCCUACCUACUGGAACUACUCCGAUACAAGGUCUCUAUGCAAUUCCCGACAUCAAGCUUCGGCGCUAAUGUGCCACUGCGCCGACUGCCUAUCGCCUCGUGUUUGGGUCAUGUUGGUGUUCUAUCAUUUCGGCGGUAAAUCGCCGACUUCAUUACGCGGAGCCUGUCAUCAGGAAACUAGAAAAGCCUUCGAUGGAUUAUAAAUACCCAGAAGACCCUAACAAUAUACAGGAAGACUUCGAUUUCGCCGAAACUUUCAUUUUGAGUUCGUCUGCCCAAGAUGGAUACAAUCACCAACAGCACACCUAUCCUGACACCUCUUGCAAGCCGACUACGCCUAUCUCCCACCCUCGAGAUCAAUGAGUUGGUUCAAGAAGAAUUGAAGAAAGGCCGUAAGGUUGUUCAUUUGGGAUUUGGAGAAGCGACGUUUCCUUUGCAACCCAAUGUCGCCUCUGCACACAAGCAAGCUACCCUCAGCACGAGCUACCUGCCGGUUGCUGGACUGCUAAAGUUGAGAGAGUCCAUUGCUCGAUUUCAAACGCGCCGCCUUGGGUUCGUGAUAGACCCUGAGCAAGUUGUGGUUGCGCCGGGCUCAAAGCCACUUCUUUUCGCAUUGUUCGACAUUAUGGAAGGAGAUGUCCUUCUGCCACGACCUUCGUGGGUCAGCUACGAGCCACAGAUCCUCCACGCCGGUAAACGAUUGUUCUGGGUAGAAACUAGCGAGGAGAAUCGUCAUGCCAUCACAGAGAGUUCUCUUCGCCUUGCUUACGAGAAAGCGCUUGAAAGCGGUGGUAACCCCCGCAUUAUGCUCGUCAACAGUCCGUCCAAUCCAACUGGUCAGGUCUACACAACAGAAGUCAUCGAUGUGUUGACCACGUUUUGCAAAGAACGUAACAUCACUCUCAUAAGUGAUGAAAUAUACUCUGACAUCGAUUUUGCUGGGGAUGUGAAUGUUAGCGCCUGUGCUGGUAAUCGUCUCAAUACCCAAAGAAUGGUGUUGACAAGCGGACUGUCCAAGACCUACUCUGCCGGUGGCUGGCGUGUUGGAUAUGCCAUCUUUCCCGCAACUGCGUUUGGGCGAAGUGUAAGAUCAACAAUCCUGGCCUAUGCCUCAGAAUGUUGGUCAGCCGCAUCAGCUCCUGCCCAAGAAGCGGCGGCAGUUGCGUUCGACACAACUCCAGAGAUGGACCUGUACCGGACCCAAGUCAGGUCUCUACACAAAAAGUGCACACUAGCACUAUACCAGGCUCUGAAAGAAUGUGGUCUCGACGUUGCAGAGCCGAAAGGCGCUUUCUACUUGUAUCCAUCAUUUCAGCCAUACGCGAAGCAACUGAAGGAUCUAGGUGUUGAGACGAGUUCUGAGCUUUCCCGUUGGUUGAUUAAAGAAUGCGGGAUUGCAGCUUUGCCAGGAUCAGCUUUCGGUGAAGAUGACAACGGUCUGGCGGGCGGUCGAUAUCGGCUGCGUAUGGCAACUAGUUAUCUGUACUUCAAUAGCCAAGCAGAGCGGAACGAGCAAGGACACGAUCUCCUGUCUUCGGCGUUGACGGACGAAAAUACGGUAGACUUGCCUUUACUGGACGAGGCGAUCAAGGCAGUUCGAGAUGCUGUGGCUCGAUUGAGAACAUGAUUUAUGGCCGAAACACUUUAGCC